CCAAUUGGACUACCACUGUCCUUCUGUCAAGUCAAACCAUUAAUCACCCACUGCCGUGGAUGUACCUGCCUAGGCCUGUAACAACGUAGAAACGAGCUUAGCCUCGUUUAGCAACCGCGCAAGGUACCAUGGAAAGCGGGGACGCCAAGUCCCUCGGUUUGGGGAGCUAACGGCGGCGAAAGCAAGGUCGGAGAGGGAUGGGAUCGUCUUCCCGGCGGGAGGGAAAGGAAUUGCACUCUGCACAUGCUCAGCUGCCCGAGGCGGCCCCCCGGAGGCGCUUGCAAGCGGCAGGCCAAGUAAGGAAGGCGGCGGGGCGUCUCCAUCUCUCUCUCUCCCUCCCUUGGUUUGGGCGGCCGCUGCGUCCCUGCUCUGCCAGACGGCGGUAGCACCAGCUGCAGCCGCUGGGCGCUCCAGAGGGGCCCGCUUUUCCGCCGCUCGCCCGCUUCGGUUCUCCUUCCAACAAUGGACCUGAUCGGGGCGCUGGAUCUGGGGGAUUUGGCGGCCGCUUUCGCCCGCCUGCCCGUCUUCCCUAUCUUCGACUUGGGCUACUUCGUAGUCUCCCUUCUCUACCUCAAGUAUGAGAAAGGUGCGGUGGAAAUGUCCCGGAACAGCCCCCUGGCCUCUUGGGUCUGUGCUAUGCUGUAUUGCUUUGGUAGCUAUAUCCUUGCUGAUCUCCUGCUCGGAGAAUCCCCUAUUGAUUACUUCAGCAACAACUCCAACAUACUUCUGGCCACAGGUGUCUGGUACCUAAUCUUCUAUUGCCCGUUCAAUUUAUUUUACAAGUGUGUCAGCUUUCUGCCUGUCAAACUGAUUUUUGUGGCGAUGAAAGAGGUAGUCAGAGUUCGCAAGAUUGCUGCUGGUGUUCAUCAUGCUCACCACCAUUACCACCAUGGUUGGUUCAUUAUGAUCAUCAUUGGAUUUGUCAAAGGUUCUGGAGUUGCCUUGAUGUCCAACUUUGAGCAAUUGCUGCGUGGCAUCUGGAAGCCAGAAACAAAUGAGUUCCUUCAUAUGACCUUUCCAUCCAAAGCCAGUCUGUAUGGAGCACUGCUCUUUACUCUUCAGCAAACCCAGUGGCUUCCCAUCUCCAAAGCUACCCUUAUCUUCUUCUUCACUAUUUUUAUGAUCAUCUGCAAGGUGUUCCUGACAGCAACUCACUCCCAUGCCUCCCCAUUUGCCCCUCUGGAAAAUGUGGUGUGUCCCAUCCUCUUUGGCUCUGCAUCUGCCAGUCAUGAUAAUCACCACCACCACCACCACCAUCAUGGAGGCUUGCAGGAGCCAUCCCUUCCGUCGCCACCUCAGAUGCCAGCCAAAUCAAGGGAGGAGCUCAACGAAGGAACUCGGAAACGGAAAGCCAAGAAAGUAGAAUGAGCUUCAAGAAGACUGGCGGAUCCAUCUGAAGCACCGCAACUUUGCUGCAAACCUUGUGGGACCCGUGGCCUUCCAAAGACAUGGUUGGAGGAAGCUCCUGGAAAGACCAGUCCUCUUCUUCUGGCCCCUGCCAUGGUUUUCCUGCCCUGUCACCUGUGAGGCGCAGAACUAUUGUCCGAAUGGACCUUUCGUUACAGAUUCUAGCUCAACCUCUCCUCUCCUCUUGGUCUCCUCCCCUUCCUAAGCCGCACCAGGGGAAAAGCUGGGGUGUGUUUUGGUGUCUCCUCCAUAUGGCAGAGAGAGAGAGAGAGCUUCUUACCCUGCAAAACUACCCAGGGAUCUUCAACCCAGGCCAUCAUUAACAGUACCCUAAGGCCAUUGAUACUUUUCAAGGGCAGAGAAGCGUUGCAGAUGGAGUGACUGGCAUUUCACUCUCUACAUCAAUACUUUGGAUGUCUUACUUGGUUGCCAUUUGUAUAAAGGCCUUGAGCAUAGGAGAAGACCAUUGCUGCUGUUGCUACUGCUGCUCUUUGGGCUGUUGAUAUUUGUGUAUGUGUGUUAGCAUGUUGCCAUUUGUAUAUACCUCUCCAAAGUUUGAUGAGUUUUGCUGUAGGAAAGGAAACCAAAGCAACUACUGAGUGUUUCAAUCCUAGCCACUUUGCCAAACACUGUGAGACAUGCAUGUAAAUUAUUUAUUGAUUGAUGCUCCUUCCCCGGGGAUAAUUAUUUAUUGUUGCCAAGGAUUUUAAGCAGUUUGCUUCCUCUUACCAUGUCUCUUCUGCAAACAGUUGGGUUGUUUCUAAUGAACUGAUUUGGAUUCUGUGGUUGUUUUCCUCCUUCGAUUAAGAGAUGAUAAGAGUGAGGGGCUAUUAUUGGCAGAGGGGAGAAUUAGCUUCCAGCAGCUACGUAAGCCUGUAGGAUGCCUAAAGAAUUCGUGCAUAUGAAUUAUGGUUUAUUUACAGAUUUUGUCUAGGAAGUCAAAGCUAGUCUGUACGAAUAAUGGAGCCAUGGUGAGCAGUGGUUAGAGUGCAGCACUGCAGGCUA